CCACCCGGCCGGCAACCCAGCCCCAGCGGCAUCAGUCUCUUUGCGACAGCGCGGCUGAGCAGUCGUGUCCUGCCUGCCGCGGGCCGUGCCGUGCCGUGUGCGCGCGUUGCCAUUGUUGUUAGUUUGUUGCCGGUGCGCGACGACAGUGGACAGUGUGUGCGUUGUGCUUCACAUCACAUGUCGCAGUCGCCAUUCGAGAUGGCGGGGCAGGGACCGUUGCCGCAGCAGCAGCACUCAGUCCGUCCCGAGCGUGCGGGGGUGCGCCCUCCGCAGGCCCGCGAACCUCCACCGCAGCACCCGGAGGCGGUGUUCAAGGUGCCUCAGCAGCCGAAACGGCAGAAGUCGCUCGCAGAGGUUUUGCCUGAUCGGAGGAAGGUCCAUGAUCAGUCGGUUCCUCAGGGGAUGCACCACGACAAGUCGUCCGACCAGAACGAGCUCCAGAAGAAGUCGCUCCUAGAGCUGUUGUCUCAACGGUGUAAACUCCAGGAGCAGUUGUUUCAUCAGAAGGUGCAGCGAGAGAUGUCGUCUCUUCGUGUGGUCCAGGGGCUGCCGUCUCAUCAGAAGGUGCCUCAUGUGAAGGCGUCCCAUCAGAAGGUGCACCAGCACCAUGAGAAAUCAUCUCAUCAGAAGGUGCACCACGACAAGUCGUCUCAUCAAAAGGUGCCAGUCGUCAAGUCGUCUCAUCAAAAGGUGCCAGUCGUCAAGUCGUCUCAUCAAAAGGUGCCCGUCGUUAAGUCGUCUCAUCAAAAGGUGCCCGGCGUCAAGUCGUCUCAUCUAAAGGUGCCCGUCGUCAAGUCGUCUCAUCUAAAGGUGCCCGUCGUCAAGUCGUCUCAUCAAAAGGUGCCCGGCGUCAAGUUGUCUCAUCAACAGGUGCCCGGCAUCAAGACGUCUCAUCAAAAGGUGCCUGGCGUCAAGUCGUCUCAUCAGAAGAUGCUCGGCGAGAAGUCUCAUCUGAAGGUGCCCGGCGAGAAGUCAUCUCAUCAAAAGUUGCAUCACAAGAAGUCGUCUCAUCAGGUGCACCAUGAGAAGUCGUCUCAUCAGAAGGUGUCCGGGGAGAAGUCAUCUAAUCAAAAGUUGCACCAUGAGAAAUCGUCUCAUAAGAUGUUGCCCCAUGGGAAGUCGUCUCAUCAGAAGGUGCUCCGCGAGAAGUCGUCAAAUCACAGGCUGCUCCACGAGAAAUCGUCGAAUCAGAAACUCGACUCUCAGCAGAAAGUGCCGUAUCAGGGGGUGCCCCACAGCAAGCCGCCUCACCAGAUGGCCUCUGCCUCCUCCCUCCCUAGAAGCAAAAAGACCACACAGACGGAAGGACGACGGGAUCUGUUGGAGAAGCUGUUUAAAUACUGCAAGGAAAGUCAUCCUCCUCUCCCGUCUGGAAAAAAUCCACUAAAAGGGUGGACCGUACGCGCCGCCCUGGACCUCGACAUCCUUGACCUCGAGAGCCCAAAUUGUGGGCCAGACUGGAUUAAACCCCCGAAAGAGCUGCGCCACCCCCUCCUGUGGGUUUCUCCUUCGGAUCCCAACUUCAAGAACUUCAGGAAGCUGGUAGUCUUUCUGUCGUUGAGGUUUCGCCUGCCGCUGCGUAGAGGCGUUGGAGAAUAUCUCAACUCUUCCUCUGAACCAAAACUUGCGAGCCCAAAGGUCCAGUCUGCAAAAUCUGUUCCUGAGACUCCCCACCUGAAGAAAUCCGGGUCAAGCAAACCCUCAGCCAAGUACUACAAACCCACUACUCAGGAGGACUCCCUGAAGAGACUUCCGAGCACAGUUGUAGGGACUGCCACUCACGUCCCUCCUGAUCAAGAAUCAAGAAGCAAGUCUCUUUCGGAGACCAGGCUUUUGGACUCGAUUUCUAUACAAUUGAAGGACUCAGACAAACCUGGACAAAGCUUGUCCUCAGAAACUGACAGUCUUGCUGCCCCACACCCAGAAACAAGAUGUGAGUCUCCUUGGGAGACGAAUACUGCCACUUUUCUCAAUCCAGAACCAAGAUGUGAAUCGCCUUGGGAGACCGACAUCGACUCUCCUGUCUUCUCUGGUCAACCAAGAUGUGCGUCUCUGUUGUCAAACAAUCCAGUGAAUAGCCCCCAGAGCAAGUCUGAUAUAGACUCCCAAAAAGUAGUUCAGAGAGUGUCUGUAGAGCCUGGCAGUCUUGCUUCUCUCAAACGAAAGCAAAGCGACAAGUCUGCUUCAUUGGACAUAUUGUUUUCAGAAGAUGUCAUUAAGUUUAAACAUUUUAAAUACGAUGUACAGGGAUGGGAUGAAGAUUAUUUCAAAAUUUGCCAAACAGUAGACGAGACUGAAUCUUUAAUGGUUGAAACAACAAUCGACGUACCUGAGAUAUUGGAGUGCAGUCCUCAGAUUCGUAAUCCAAACGACAAUCAUGAACUGUCUGCGAAAGACCAAUGCCCACUGAUUGACAUUACUGGUGACAGUCCUGAGGCUAUCUGGUGUAGUCCUCUUGCUUGUGAUCAAAACAACGGUCCUCCUAGUGUUCAAGAUGACAUCCAAGCCCAUCCAGCGUCGCCACAGGAACCAGGCUCCUAUUGUAAUGAUAGUAAAUCAUCUGAAAAUGGUGUUGUAGAGGAUAUUGAUAUGAUAACUGAUGAACAGGAAGAAGAAGACUAUUUGGUGGAAAAAAUACAUUGUGUGAAUAAUUCAGAGCCUGAAACAUUAAGGUGCAGAGGAAAUGAAGGUGUUCAGUCUGCAGGAACACACCUUAAUAUAAUUGAGGUGCAAUAUCAAAGUCAAACUACAAAAAUUGACUCAAGCAAUAGGAUAUACCAUUUUAGGUCCAUACUAAUUAAAAUUGCUCAAAAUAAUGCAAAAUUGUUAAAUGAAAAGAAUUUCUCAAUGAUGCAAAAUUGUUAGAGUUUAGUUUCUGCAAAGAUCAGCAUGUUAAGUUGAAGUUAAUUUUGUUCUCAAAUCUAUAAAUAAACCUAAGUGUUUCUUGUCAUCUUGUCUUCUAGUCAUGUAGGCUAGGCAAGGAAAAGUUUUAUGUUCAAGUAUAAAAUAUUUUAUUUGUUAAGGUCAACAAAGACUUCAUAAAUUUACAUCAUAUACAAAAACAAAUCACAAUAUGUUUAAACAAAUAUGAUGCUAUAAGAUUUACAGUUAUUUACAGAAGCGAUCAAUUGUUGUAAUAAAAUAACUGAAUAAACCUGUAGUAAUCACAAAUGGUGGACAUUAUAAUGCCAACUUUUGAUAAAAUGGACAUCAUACUUCUGUACAAACAAGAAUAACAUUAUGUAAGAGUUUGGAUAUAAUCUUUAAAAUUUGUAUCUCGCAAACUAACAUGUUUAUUUUUUAUAAUCAUUGACUAAAGUAAAUUUCAUUGCUUUGUUGUAAGCCCAAAUGUCAGUAAAAUUUAAAGCACAGCCUAGUAUGUAGGAGGAAGAGUGUGAACUUUAGAUGUAAACUCAGUUUUGGAUUAGAUGGCAGGCAUGUUGAAUACACUAAAUUUCAAUAAAGCCAUAUGUGGCGCUCCUAUGCA